AUGCACAAACAUUGGCGAUCUCGAAGUUCAAUAACUUUUCGUGAAGUAAUCCCACAUAAUCCUUUGCAGGACGACACAAGUUGUGAGUUAUGGCUGGCGAAAUCUAUUGUAAUAUACAAGGUAGGAUAUAUUAAAAGCGAACCAACUAAAAGCAAUAGCAGGAAAAGUAGCAAUUUUUAAAACAUUUAGAAGCGCUCCUAUUGAAAACAACAUAUUUUUAAAUAUUUCAAUUUAAAAUGACUGGCUUAUUUUCAAAAAUUAUUUACUCCCCCCAUCCUUGAUCGAACGGCUUGCCAUCGUUCGAUCAAGGAUGAGGGUUAAAAAAAUUUUAUAUAUAAAAUAAAAAAUAUAUGUUUUUAUUUUUUUUUUAUUUACUUUUAAAUAAGAGGGUUAAGAGUAUUUAAUAAUUAUUUUUACACAAAAAAUUGAAUUAAUUUCAUAAAAAUACUGAUUUUUAAUAUUUUUUAUUUAUUAGCCACCCCUUUAAACUGUAUAAAUAUUAAAUUUUUUUUUAAAAAUUUUAAAAAAUCUCUAUUUUUUAGAUUAUUAAGUUUUUAAGCCUAGGCUGAUGACUAAAUCACUUCGGAUGGUUGAUUCCGUAGCUUUCUGUCGUCUCAAAGUCUCUGAAAACAACUUCAUUAGGUACAUCUUCCCAAGCUUUCGAUAACUAAUAUAUUUUUAUAUAUUAAAAAUUUGCAUGAUAUGAAAAUCGUUCGAUUAAGGAUGGGGAUUAAUUUCCCCAAUUUUCAGGAAUUUUUACAGUCAAUCGUUCAAUCAAAGAUGGGUGGAGUUAUUAUGCAUUAAUAAUAAAUAAUUAAAUUUAUAAAGGUUUAUUCGAAAAUGGAAUUUUUAAGCUCGAUAUAAAAUAAAUUACCUAUGAAAUUUAUAUAGAAUAUAAAGCAUGAUGCUUAAAAAUCAUUUGCAAAGCAUAUAAUAAAGCCUCUAAAUUCAAGAUAUUGCAAUUACCAAGAAGACGAGCCUGAAAUUGAGUUUAAAAAAAGACUAGAAUCAAUUAACAGUUUCUUGCAGGUCGAAGGAGAAUUUCUAAGAUCAGAAGCAUUUUAUACAGUGAUAGAAAACGCUAUCGAAGAGAUCAAGCCCGCUUUGCUUUUAGAGCUAUAUCACCCUUGUUUUGAAACCACAAUCAAAGAGUAGUAUUCAUAUACCUCUUUAUGGUAGCUUCAUAUAAAUAAUAGCUUGAAUUUUCUACCAGACAAUCCACUUAAUCUUCUAUAUAGUUUUGCCUCGAUUCUUAAGACAGAUUGAUGCCAUAUCCACCUGAUUGCCCUCGCCACAGAAUGCUAUAAGAUAAUUCGCAAAGAAAACAACCAAGAAUUCAUUGCUAAUAAAAUCAGAAAAUUUUUCAUCCCAAUAUUAGGAAUUUUAAGUGUAGAAAACUACCAGGAAGAGCCAGAAAUCGUGAAAUCGGUUGAAAAAAUACUGAAAUACAAGAAAACACAAGAAAUUUUGGAGCAGUUUCCAUGUGAUAAAGAUUUAAUUCAGCUAGAAAUUGAUGAGGUCGCUGUUCCAAGCUUAUUAGAUUUCGAUAUAAAGAAGGGGUUUUUUAAUAAAUGCCAAAAAAAGUCUAACUCCUCCCCUCCGUGAGUGAACAAAACCAUUAGAAAAAUCGCUAUUUUUUGCCCAAAAACCCAUCCUCUGAGAGUGAACAAAGAUUUUUUAAUAGAAACAUUUUUUAUGAAAAAAAUUUUGAUAUAUAAGCGAUAAUUAUUAUAAUGAAAUCUCAGUUAAUUUUGUUUAAUUUUAAACAAAUUGCUUUUUAAAACAUAAAUUUUAUAAAUUAAAUUAAUAUUUGCUUUCCAAUUUGGAUUUUUUUAAAUUUCGAAAAAAAAAUUGCCUAUAAAAUUUAUAUAUAUAAAAUUUUUAAAAAAAAAACAAAAACCCUCCGUGAUUAAAAAAAAUUUUUUUUUGUUCACUCACGGAGGGGGGAGUAAACAGACUGCAAAAGGCAUCUCAGAGCUACAGUUUUUCAGAGAAAACAGCAAAAAUAAAUCAAAAGAGCUUUGCUUCAGAAGAUGUGCGUCUAGCGGCGAGUUGGCCAAAAAAUCAUAUCAAAAGCGUAGAGAACUCGUUUUCAACCUUUUAGCAGCAUCUGAGUCUCACUACUCCACAAGCAAUUCUAUCCGUUUACUACUGGAAAAAGAAAUUUACAGUAAAAAUUACCAUGGACUCUUAAUCAGUGAUAUCCCUCCGAAUUUUUCUGCAAAUAAUCCUAAUCUCGCUAUAUUUUUUUCAAGGACUUCUUUUCCGUCCAGUAUCCAAGCACCUUCAGAAAUCAAUGAAUCCUAUGUCACAGAAAGGUCGAAGCUAGAUCAUCCUUUUAAUGAAAUUUUUGACGAAGUUUUACAUAUAGAAGAGUCUUCGCCAAAUCCAAGAGAAUGGAUGACGCUUUUUGAAGACUCUUUAAUUGCUAUUUAUUGCAAAGCAUUGUCUGAUAAAGGACUUUUAUUGAUGAGAACUUAUGCGAUGCUGUCAAUCCCCCCAAAAGAACUUUACAAUAAAUUCAUCACUCCUGCAAUCUCAAGCAGAAAUAAAGGAGCUUUCAGGAAAAUCAAAUUAAUUGAAUCCAAGCCUCAUUUUGAGCUUUAUUCAUAUAGACUUAUGCCGUAUGCAGGAAUUGUGGAACGAGAGUUUAUAGUAAGAAGAUCAUAUAUGGAUGAUUUUCCUGGACAAGGGGAAUCAAUGAUUGUGAUAAAAAGCAUUGAUGUAGAAGAAACUGGGGAGGUUAAAAGAAAAUUUCCAUUAGGAAGAGCUUUUGUUUCUGGCAUGAUUUUGAGACCUUCAGAUAAUGGAGGGACAAAACUAAGCUAUAUAUUAUCAUUGGGCAUAAAGAAUACGUAUUAAUCUUAUUAUAAAUUAAAUUAGAGACUAUUCCUAUAAAUUAGCAUAAAAUGCCAGCUAGGUGGGCUGAUUCCAUUACAUUUACUUUACAAUUAUUUUACUGCUUUUGUCAAAGAAGUCAUAUCUGACUGCGAAAAUAUUUCUAAGACUGAAUAA